AUAAAAUAUCCUGACAAUAAUUAAUAUCGAAUAUGUCUACCUCAGCCCAGCAGACGCGUGUGCCUGUAGAUCAGGUCAACCUAGACUUACUUAUCCUUCAGUUGCAGAAUAAAAGAACUAAAAGCGUGCAGGUUCUCAACCAAUUCAUGAGAACAGAUAGGCUUGCCCACGUACGUCGGGUCUCUAGCGAUUUUGAUUAUCAGGCUUUUCGACUGUUUUUAGCGGGGAUAUUUGGGAUUUCUCAAAACAAGAGGCUACUCUUCCCCCCUCUAACACGUGGUGGUGACCAUGUGCUAAUUAAUACGGAAGACCAUUUUUGGGUUUUCCUAACUCACAUCCAAUCUGGUGGCUACAACCAUCUUAUAGAUGCUAAUGAGUCUGUCUCGCCGACUAUUAUAAUUCCCCUACCAGAAUCGGAUCUUUGGACCCCAAUAAGAACAGAGUUGGACUCGCCCAAAACGGAUGGAGUGAACUCAGACGAUAACCGAGAAAGCCCAAAGCAGCCGGAGCAGCCGAAGCAACCGGAGCAGCCGCAGCAGCCGCAGCAGCCGCAGCAACCGGAGCAACCGGAGCAACCGAAACAACCGGAGCAACCGAAACAACCGGAACAACCGGUAGAGCCGGUAGAGCCGGUAGAGCCGGUAGAGCCAGAAGAGCCGGUAGAGCCAGAAGAGCCGGCGGAGCCGGAAGAACCGGCAGGCCCGGCAGAGCCGGAAGGACCAAAUGAAGAUGACGACGAUAUCUUCAAUCCCGAGAUGGUACCACCACCGGCUGAUAAAGUAAGUAAAAUGACGGAUGGAAUGGAAAUCAAUCUUGAUCAACCCGUAAACCCUAGCUGGGAAAACGUAGCCAAGUUCUUUACAAUUGACGUGGACGCUAUAGAUGCCGAGAUACCGGGCCUUAAGCGAAGGCCGAGAGAUGACCAACUCUACGCGAUAUAUUUCUUAUUGACACGGCCCCUUCGCAGAAUUAACGCGGGUAUUCUUUCGGACGAUGUCGGUGUAGGAAAGACGACAGUAGCAAUACUGACGAUCUAUAUUCACCAUCGUAUCCACCAUAUGUGGAGAGAGAUACAGACAGAAUGGUCGCGCGAGCCACCAGACAGCGAGAGAAAACAUCUCAAGUACAAGGGUCAGGCGUCUAAUGCCGUUUGCCCAAGCCAGCAUAUAUCCAAUUUGGGGUUUGAAUGCCCAUGUUUUAGAAAGGGAGUUGCUUACAAAAUUGCGAGAACAUUACGGCCAAACCCCUCACUUAUUUUCUGUCCCCCUUCUUUGAUACCGGUGUGGGAAACUGAGGUAAAACGAUGUUUUGACUUCUCACCUGAUAGCCCGGCUCAUGAGAUGAACUUUAUGGUCUAUAGGAAUAAUGACGAGGUCGUCCAAGCCACACAAGCAACAGUUGUAUAUGAUGAGACAUUUCCAAGGAAAUAUCACAACGCCAAUACAACAGGACCUCUAAAGUCCCGGCUUGCUGUUAUUGUUUCUAGAGCUUCAGCGCACACAUUCGCAGCAAAGUAUGUGGAGCCUAGCAAAACCGUACAAAGGCAUAAGUUAAAUAAUGUUUCUCGACUUGCUGCCACUUUCGUUUUUAUGGAUGAAGUUCAUGAUUAUCAUGGAAGCCGUACAAGGGAAACAAACACCUUUAGAGUUCUCCAGAGGAUAACGGAAGAUAGACAUGAUCCUACUAUUGCGAUAGGUCUCAGCGCUUCCAUGUUAAGCGGUGGGCCGAAGUGUUGGAGGGGAUUCAUCAAUCAUAUGUUCGAUUCAGCGUCCAAAGAGAUCACAUUUCCGGGUCUUGAAAAUAAAGAUGCCUUACGAAAGCAAACGACAGAUUGGGAUUUUCUGACAAAUAAUAAAGUCGACCCCGAGAAUGAGAAGACCACUGAAAGAUAUCGACAUCUCAGGGAAUUUCUACGCGCCUUUCUACCUGAAAUAAUGCUCCGCCGAACUAGCCACACGAAGUUCAGAGGAAAAUUUAUCACAACCCCUUCUCGUGAUAUCAUUACAAGGGUGGCAGACAUGCCCGACGGGCCUGCGAGAGAGGCACAACGGGCUUUGAGCAACUUGGUUCGUUCUUGGCUCGAUCAAAAUUUCGAGCAAAGGGUGCGAGAAUGGAACGAAAAUGGUCGAAUAGGCGACCAGCCCGAUCGCAAAUCUGUUCAAAAAGAGGUGCUUGAAUCUAUCGAACAGAGUAUGGCUACUUCUAAGGAUAAAUCAUACGAGAUUAUUCUUCGCUCGUCGUGCUUUCCGGCCCUUGCACACCUCGUGAAAGAAAAGGCAGUCAGAUAUGAAGAUAUCUUGGGACCAGCCAUAAAAGAGAUCUCCAAGGAGAUAACGGCAGCUUUCAACCAAGGGAUCAACGAGGACGGGUCUGGUCGGCCAGCAAAUGCUCUAGUAGUUACGCACGCGCUAAACAAUGUUUUUGCGAAGUCUCCGUUUAACGUCCACCGGAAUAUACUAUCCCAGAACUCACCGAAGCUGAAGAUUGUUUGCGAUUACAUCGACCAUAUCAUUGAGUUGAAGAACAAAGCCUGGACCGAAGACUCGGGUUUCCCCGAUCCAGGGCAGGAGCCCGAUGACAAGAGCGCUGUAAGACACUGUCUACUGUUCUGCCAGACGCAAGUAUCAGCUUUCUUGCUUUUCAUGUUCCUGCAUCGCAAGUAUGGCAAUAGGAUAGAGUGGAUUUACGUGCAUUCAGAUAUACCACCGUCUGAACGACAGGGCCUAGUCGACCGGAUAACUCAGCCGUGCACCCGUGAUGAUAAGAAUAGGGUCAUGAUAUCGACCUUUAAAUUGAUGGGGACCGGGUACAAUAUACAGAGAGCAAAUUACUGUAUAAUCACUGAGAUGCCCACAAGUCUUGAUGUGCAGAAUCAGGUCAAGGGACGCAUCGACCGCACUGGCCAAACGCAGAUACCCAUCAGCGUUCAAUUAUACGACUCGCGAAACCUGGCUGAAGCCGUGAGGUACAAUAGGAGUGUCAAUCGAGCACGGUUGACAGAGCCUACUGAAAUUGACCUCGCAAACUUCAUGACGGAUGAAGGAGCCGACUAGUCUAAUUACGAUCUGCUUAGAGGCUUGUGAGUACCUAGCUAAGCGACUACAAAAAAGGGCAAAAAAGCAAGAGUGUCCUAUUAUCCAGUAUGUCAUUCAUCUUAGAGGUAUUAGAAAAGGUUCCAUGGUUCUGGUUCAUAUAUGGUAACAUCUACGAACGGCGGUCAUUUAUCUCGUCUUUCCUUAUCUUUCUAUUUUCCAUUGGUAUAGUUGAUAGAUAUAUCCAGUUUCCUUAGUUUAUUUAGUUCUAUACAGAGACAGAGCCUCUGUAAAGGGGUUUGCUACUUAAUAUACUGCUUUUCCUCAUACCCGGAUAAACG